UGUCAAAGCCGUUUAUCGAUCUAGUUGUCAUUUAAAAUUUCCUGCUGCACCUGCUGCUUACCUGAGCAACUGAAGAUUAAAGCAGGAUGGUGAAGUGUGAAGAAACGUUGCUGAACUCAAGUUCCGGAAAGGGCUCGGUCCUUGACAGCUCUGAAGAUAUGGAUGUACUUCCGCGGGGUCCCGAGCAAUUACUAAGGAUCCGGCAACAAAUAGAAUUUUACCUUUCAGAUGAAGUGGUCUACAAAGACCAGUUCUUACUCAAACACGUCACCAAAUCGAAAGAGGGAUGGCUGUCACUUAAACUUAUGUCAUCUUUUCGAAAGGUAAAAAGUCUCUGCAAAGGUUACGAUUGGCGUAUCGUAGCCGAGGCAUUACGCACAUCAGAAUUGCUCGAAGUCAAUGAGGAUGGAUGUAAAGUACGACCUCGUUUUGCAGCUCUGGAGGAGGAUGGGACGAAACCUGCUAGAAGUAUCAUCAUCUGGGCUAAACAGCAAAGCUUACAAUUUCUGGAAGAACGAUUGCUGGAAGAUAUUUUCCGUAGCUGUGGUCCAAUGCAGAAUGUUAGGAUUGUUUCGCCCGGAGAACCGAUCGAUGAUACCACGCGGAAAAUCUUCGCGCGCUAUCCCAAACAUCGCCAGCUCUCUUGCGCUGUAAUCGAGUUUGAAAAAAGUGAAUCUGCGACCGAAGCGCUUUCGGUCGUAGUCCCUGGGUUCCAAAUUGUUUUGCUAAAAGACUGUUUGAAGCCGAUAACCAAGAGGGCUAACGAAAAAAUCGUAAACCGAGAGAAACGCAUAUUUUCAGACUCUGAAGUGUCUAAACGAUUUUCGGUUCGAUCCAAAGAGCACGCUUCAACCCAAGUGAAUACUUUGCUGUCAUGGCGUGACCGCUCACAACCAGUAGAAAUUAAGCCGAGGGUAAAGUCGUUCUGCCAAAGUCUUUCGUACCAAUCCAAAAAAGCUGAGCAAAAGGAGUCCAGGAUCGUUAAAUCGAAAAAUGAGGCACCUUGUCCAAAGAAUAGCAUGCAAUUAGAAGUUCGACCUAGAAGGUUCACUAUUGACGAGAUCCCCAAUACUAGUUACCUCAUUCGACAGCCCCGUGGACCGGAUGGUACCCGAGGUUUCCACUAAAUAACUGCAGUUCAAGGGGAGGGGGAUCAGCUUUUCUUUACCAGUUUGGGUACUUAUUUAGAAAGCAGUGUUUCUGGGUGUGCAAAAAUUAAAGAAGGCGGAAAUAUUAUGGAGUACGUUUAGACGGACCUGCUUAUGUAACAGAGAGAUUGAUGUGCUGAAGAAUGUUACAUUUUUUUAUUCAAUAUGUAAACAUAAUGUAAAUAGCGAAAUGACUGUACAUACCAAAUAGAUAUAUAAUGGAAGUUUAUUUUACACUCGGCUUGUGUUUUCGGCUGCCAUUGAAGAGCAUAAUGAUCAUCAGUUACAUGUGAUCUUGAGCAAAAGCGCUGUAGCCAAAAAAGUCAAAAUUUACUAAAUUAGAAGUAUGUGUUGUAUAGACUUGCAAUUAUACAAUUGAAUGAUGAGAUUUUACUGUUCGACAUUUUACCUUUUUUGUUGUUUUGCAUGUAUUGUGUCACGUUGAUCAAUUUCGUAGAAAAUGCACAUUUAGGGUGUCCUGUCCAAACUAUGCUGGGUUGUUUGUCAUAGAAGGUAUCCGCUCAUCCGCUAUAUUUGGCACUAAAAAAGCCAAUUCUUACUAGCACAAACCAUAAACUCAUCUUCAUUGAAAAUGGUGCGUCGCUAUCGGAGCUAGGGCAAAGAUCAGCUAUUAUUCAAUCUCUCGCGCGAAAUAAACCUCCGAUAAAAUGG